UGCGAAGAGUGCAUGACUGCUAUAAGCGUCUCAAAUCUUCUAUUGGUCAGAGAGAUGGUGGUGGAUGCUCUGCGAAUCUUGAGCAAGCGUAUCGUUCCCUCAUAUCCGCUUCCAGAGGCUGUACUAGCGUUAAGCGGCCUUGUGGCUGAUCUCAUUCUUCGGUAUGCACUAUACUGCCCUACUGCUGUCGGAGAUGCAUUGCAAGCUGUUAUCGACAUGCAUAACUUCAGCGUGGAAGCUUUAAAGAGAGGACAAGAUACUGAUGGUGUUGCUUUUCAAACUGCUAAAGCCUGCAUAUUUGGUCUGGUUGACCUAUGUUCUGCUGCUUAUUCAAAGACAACAUCAUCACCAGGGGGUCGUGAUAUCCGCUCUGCUGUGUUCAAGCUUGUAUCAGAGUGUAUUUGGAGCUCGCUAAGAGCUCACUUGGACGUUUGAGAAAGAAGAGACUAAGCUUGAGUGGAGAUAGAAAUGUAAACCAUCAUAUGAUUGUAAGGAGAUCACUGCUGGGAUCUUGGAGUUUCUUAUGGAGGCUAACAUAAGGU